AUGUUAAUUUUCUCAUUAAGUAUUUUAAAACAUUAUAACCAUGUGUAUUAAUUAUUAAAUGUAUUUUAUGCUACUGCAUCUUUAAUAUUAUCCAAAAGAAAAUCUGGAGCUUAGAAAAUUAAUGCAGAUAACUCAAUAAUUUUUAUUGUUGGAGAUAAAAAUGCAGGUAAAGCACUUCCCUGUUGUAUUACGUAUUGUUUUUAUUUAUAUAAGUUAUCGAACUAAAAUUCUUCAAUAAAUCCAACUAAUUCAAUAGAACCUAAUCAAACAUAAUUAGUAAAGCCAAAUAAUUAGAUUGAGAUAGUUGUAGAUGUACCAGGGAAUAAUUAUCAAAAAGAAUAGUUUUUGAAUAAAAUAUAAGAAGCAAAGAAAAUAAUGUUAGUUACUGAUUCAUCUGAGACUUCAUAAAUUGAAGCAACAGCAGCUAUUUUAUAUAACAUUUUAAUUUCGAUUCCAUUUUAGAGAUCAAAAAUUCUAAUUUUGAUAGUGUUGAAUAAAUAAGAUAAAGAGAAAGCAUAUAAAGCUCCUGAUUUCGAAAUGUUGUUAUCAAGGGAAAUGUAACUUUUUAAUUUAUCAUAAUAGAGAAAAAAUAAAAAAAUCAAGAAAGCAGUUUAAGAAAAAAAAAGAGAAUACAAAUGAUUGA